CAUUCGUUUUAGCUAAGAUCUGUAAAUUUCGUCAUUGAGUUAAAAAUGGAUUCUCGAGUGAAGCCCAUGAGAACUGGCGUACACGAGGCCAACAACCAAGUCAGAGAAGAACAUGAAAUUCCGCCAAUCGUUUUACAGGACACAAGUCCAAAUAUCUAUAAUGGAAAUGAACAACAACUGGAGGCAAUACAGGCGAUAUAUGGACCGAUAUUAACUUUCAUGAAGCUGGGUGGAAUAUAUUUCGGAGAUACGUCUUUCAAAAGAUUGAGACAAUUGUCAACUACUGGUAGCAAGAGAAAGAUUUCGAUUGCCCGAGUUUAUUGCACUGCGAUAGUGGCGUCUCUCUGGUUCUCUUUUGCCAUGAGUAUUGUUAGUCUUUGCGUAGAAGGAUCUUCAGUUCUUCAAAAUCUCUACACAUUAAUAACCUUCGCUAUGUGGUAUUUUGUAUUGGCAAUCGUCGCGACAACUUGCCUCUUCGUGCUUCCACUGAACGAGGGGAAAAAAUCCCGUUUUGAGAAAUUUGUUGCUAACUUAAUUGAAAGAAGAGUUGAUUUGGCAACGCUGAAAUUAUAUUCCAGAAAAGGACUAAUUUUAGCCAUUUUUAUUUUUCUUGUGUCAACUUUCAACGUCUUAGCAGCCUUUCAGUUGAUGCCCGACUUGACUGUUGCGUUUUACAAGCCUUGGAAAGACUGGUAUGGUUUUAGAAUUUUCUGUUUAGUAUCCAUGAUUUUUAGUUGCAUCGUGUGGCUGCUUCCAACACUGUUUUUCUGUUUAACAUGCUUGGUUCUUGAGCGCCAAUUUGACUGUUUUUGCAAAAGGGUUUGUUUUCUAGAUUUAAAUCAAUCCCUGGACAUAACAGCUUUAAAGGAAGAACACCAAAAAUUGUGUGAAACAGUUUCGCUCGCCGACAAGAUAUUUUCCUCUUCAUUGCUUGAAGUUUUUUCCGUCACCAUCCCGCUGUUGUGUUUUAAUUUCUACGCCGCUAUCAACCCACCCGUGACGAAUGAAGGAAGUUCCAUUCCUUUCUCUAUUUUUGGUGGUGUAUAUUGGUUAUUAUCCUCAGCUGCGAUCCUGUCUUUGAUAACCGUCUUUGGAUCAAGAGUAAACGAGAAGAUUUGCAGUGUUCAAAGUAUCCUGCAAAGUAUCAAAGUUCCCGAUGGCGCCGAAGGAAAGGUACAUGAAUGAUCAUUAGUGUUUGUUCCCUGCUUUUGCGUUGUGUUUGCUCAUUUGUUAAAGCUCAUGUUCUAAAAUAUCUUAUGACAGCGAAAUUUAUUUCAUGCCAUGCUUAGGUUGAUUUUCAUUGGCUUCGUACCUCCACACAUCUAUUCUCCUCGCCGAUUACCUUUCAUUUCUUCUACUGAGGAGUUCUUUUUUUUCAUUACUAACGAAGCACUGUGCAAUGUUAAUGUUACGUUAAAGUGCCAGCA